AUGGCGAAACCACGCCCAGGGAUUCCAACUAACUGGGAGGAGUAUGAAUAUGGACGGUCCCCUCGACAAGGAUCAACGGGCUCGAUGGGAAGUCACGUACAAUUUGAUACUACCCCAACGGGAGCAGGCCCGCAUGACUUCUUGAACCCUGAGAGACCGAGCCACGGUGGUGCACAGUCUGCAGAUGGGCUGCGGCGUCAAACCUCAAGAUCCUCCAUUUCGACGAGAUUCAACUCCUUGACCCAUGCGGGAGGAGUCAACAGCUUUGAAAAUUUUGCGCGGUCUUGGUCACGAGCGGCUGGGUUUGCGGAGAUACCGCAGAGGAAACCAUCAUUCGUUGUAUCUGAAGACGAGGAGGAGUCACUGGGGUCCAAGAGAUCAGGAAAACUCCCUUCACCCGCGGAGUCGAGAUCGUUGCUACGGCAGCAGCUAGAGCAACAACAAGGCAAUGUUUCCGAGUCCGCCAUUGACGAGGCAUCCGCACCCCUCAAGCAAGGGGACGAGACGAACACGCCGCUCUCAGUCAGCCAUUCUUCCCUCAGGAGUAACAAUUUUCUAGAGCGAACACCUCAUCUGAUAUCCCCCUUCUCGUCGAGCCACGGAGGGGUGUACGGGUCUCUUCCUUCACGUUCAAAUGAGUCCUUGAUUCGUCGGUCUCUAAUAAAUCACUACGAUCAGCCUGAGGAUGAAAGUAAAAUGUUAGAGCAAGAGCAGGAACCCCUUCUCAUAAAAAUCCUAGAACACAAAGACGGUAAAAGAAUCCAGAUUGUGGUGGGCCAGUCUACCCUACCGCAAACAGUCUUCAAUUCUGUCAACGUCUUGAUAGGCGUCGGCCUUCUGAGUCUACCCCUUGGUCUCAAGCAAUCCGGUUGGCUCAUUGGAAUGAUCUUUCUCAUGCUUGCUGCGCUUGUAACAAGACACACCGCCCGCCUCCUGGCUAAAUGCCUGGAUCUGGAUCAUUCCCUGGUUACCUUUUCAGACAUAGCAUGGAAGGCAUUCGGAUCAAAAGCCCGGAUCGCCGUGGGCUUGCUCUUUUCCGUUGAGUUGUUAGCUGCUUGUGUGGCUUUGGUGGUACUCUUCGCAGACAGCCUCAAUGCUCUCAUACCUGGAUGGCAAAUAGUUGGGUGGAAG